CGCCCGCGUAGAAAUGUUGUUGACAGUAGAGACGGUUGUCACUGAGCGAUUUUUCAAGAAAUUUAAUCAUGUAGGUCCCUGACUUUUACUUUAAUGAGUGGACGGGAUCUUAGGAAGUUUGUGAACUUCCACAGAACUGCCAUCGGGGCCGCAGAUAGUUCACUUGUAAACCGCUUUAUAGAAGGACAUGGUAGUAAUCAGUAUAGACCAGCUGAUUAUGACAAACUUCAAGCCAUCGCUCAGCUCAGGAAAGCUGCUGGAAACAAAACCUUUCAAAAAGUAGAAAAGAUAACCAGAGCUAACAAAGAGAAAAAGGAACAGAAUCUUAUUCAGCAGCACAAAGCCUGUUGGUCAAAAGAAAAAAUAAGACUUCAUAGUUUACAGCGAAAACUACAAAGUGAAAUUGAUGCAUUGAGACCUGGAAGUCCUCUUGAUUACAGCUCAAUUAAGGAGUUCUUUCAAGAUCUGGAAAUCUAUGAGGAAGUGCUUAGUGAAGACAGCACUGAGUUUAAGAAAAGCACUAUUCAACCAUUAUGGGAUUUAAGAGAAGACUUGCAGUUCUGGCUUGGAGAGAACAGAGACAGAAUUGUGAUGGGAGUUGCUGACAAAGAACAUGCAGAUGUGCUCAAAAUUGUGGAAUCAGUCAAAAUGCAGCAGCGCAUAGUGAUAGACAAACUUCAAAUGGAACAAGAACAGCUUGAACAAGAACUGGAGAGUUUAUCAUUGCAUGAAAUUACAGGAUUAGGAGUGGUGUCUGAUGUUGGUAUAGAGACAGGCAUCCCUGAUGAGGCAUUUUAUUUGGACUGUCCUGAUGAACAGUUAAAGGAUACUGUUUUGGAAGAGUUCCUUCUUCUGGAUAAGAAAUAUGAAGCUCAGUUGGAGUACUUAAAUCUGAAAUAUCAAAAUGUCAAACAAUCUAGCACUGGAGGAUGGUCAAAGCAUGAUCAUUUGCACUUUGUCCAUCUAAUGGAACAGUACCCACCUGAGAUGCCAAACAGAAGAAUGCUCUAUAUUGACAGGAUGCUUAGGGAAAUCUCACACAAGACUCGCUCACAGCUGGUUGAACAUGAAGAAUGGUUUGUUGCACACAAAUUUUACCAAGAGCAGUUUUCCAGCACACUUCGUGCCUGGGCACAUGAUAGACAAGAUUUACUCAUAAAAGUUAAGGUAACAUUUAUUGAUGCAUGGACAGCUUAUGAGGAAGCCACAGAGAAAGCCAAAACAAGAAAGAAACAGGAACACAUCUGUCAAGAACUCUAUAAGAAGGUACUUGCAUUCCGUGAACAGAAGCUUGAGGCACUAAAGCUGCAAGCUGCUAUUGCUGAAAAACAGCAGGAGGAAGAGGAAGAACAACUAAGGGCUGCUGAAGAGAGGGAAAGAAAGCUCAGAGAUAAAAAACAUAGGCAGAUCCAGGAAUUUAAAGAUUUGAAAGAGAGAGAAAGAGAGCUUUCAGCCCAAGAGGAAAGAAAAAGACUGGCUGAGCUUCAAGAAAAAAUGGCGGAGCAAGCUGCAUGGGAUAGAGAAAGAGUACAGUAUCGCAAGGAGCAGUUAAAACUGCAGGAAGAAGAAAAGCAAAAAGCCAGAGAGUUGGCUAUUGAACAAGAAAAUGAAAAACAACGACGUCUGGAUAAACUUAGAGCACAGGUACAAGUUCAUGUAGAGGACGAUCCAGAGAGAUUAUACAAACAAACAGAGGCAUCCCAAGCACGUAUGGCCAGUAUGUACGAGGAAGAACUUGACCUUCAACAACCUCUCUUUGCUGUCCAUGGAUAUGAUGAAAAAAAGGUGGCGGCAGACAGAAGAUUAAAGGUUGAAAAUGCUCUGAGAGAAGCUGGCAUCCAUCACACUGAUUAUGCAAGAAGAAUCAUGGCCUCCAUCAAACCUCCUCAGGAACCAAGAAAGGAUCAGCAUUCAACUGUGUUCAAAAAUGACUGAUGCAUAUGCUGAUGUGGUUUGUGAAGAUAUGGUUAUUUAAGUGACAGUCUCCUUUGGUUAUACAUGAUUGCUUUACAGAAAAAAUGUGGAAUGGACAGUUACACUUUAUUAUUUAUCAUAAAAUAUGCAAAUUGAGGCCUUAUUGAUUUGGCCCCGGUUGUUGAAGCAGCAAAUAAAUCUCCAUCUGGUGGAAAGCAAGCUUUUGAUGACACUUAAGCGCCAGAUAGCAAUUUAUCCAUUUUUAGAUAACAAUUAGACAAGUACCUCUUAUUUCUAAUUAGUCCUACAAUUAUAAUACAACAUUUCAUGUCAAGCUGUACAUUUGGAAAAAUAUGAUUUUCAUGUCUGUGGAUGGAUACUCAUAAUUUAUUGUCUGUAUAAACCAUAAAUAAUAAAAUUAAAACAUUUGUUUCUUGGUUAUGUUAGAAAGGCUCCCUUCAUAAAAUUCAGAUCCCUUUAGAAUCUAGUUAAGCCAAGUACACUUCUGCUGCCCUGUAAAUAUCGAUUGCAUUAAGAUCCAGCUGCAUUUUAAAUUCAAACGACUGUACUUGCAGUGGAAAAAUUAUUUAAAUGGCUGCAGUGUCUUACUCAAGUUGUCCAAGAGAAAAGUUUGUCUUUGCAGCUAAGGUCUUUUAAACACAUUUCCUUAAGUUUUUCUGCCUCCAGGUAGUGUCUCCACUGUCCAUGUGAGAUGCUUUGCUGUAAAUUACACCCACUCUGAAUAUAGUUUUCCUCUGUUUUAAUGCUUGGGACAUUAAAUGCUACUGAUGGUUGGUGCACAAAGAAGGUGGCUUUGAAGUCUCCUCCUUGUGAUUCCCUCAGUAGAUGACACAGUUCAUACAGACAGCCAGGAAGGAUUGGACCAGAAAUCUCCAGGCUGUAUAACUAAAAGGAUAU